AUUGAGUGGAAUUGUCUUGAAAUAAGUUAUUAAAUAUCUUAUAUUCAUAGUAUUCUCUGAAAAUGGAAUAUAAAAGUUAUUUAUGACAUUUUUGGAACGAAACGGAAGUGAACACUUUGAACUCUGAAUUUCCGACCAAUCAAAGAGCCGCAGGCACCUCUGAUAAUACCCGAUACCUCCACUUGUCUUUCGUUUCUUCGUAAAAAGUUCACGUACUGGAAUUCCUGUGGAUUUACUUCACUUCUUUUACUUUGCUUUUGUUUCAAGGCUAGCCCAACCUCAAAUUGUUCAACUUUUUCCAAAGACAAAAGCGUAUUUGUAUUUCGACUAACGCUUGCUAGCUUCAAGCUAACGUUAGCUUGUAAAUAAAGCCACAGCUGCGUUCAUUCGAUACGUCACUAGUGUUUUUGGGCUGUUGUUGUUGUUUUGUCCCCAGGAACUUCACAACACAUCACAUUGAUAGUCAGCCAGGCGUGUACCUAAGUGGACAGGCACGCUCGGUUGCAUAAUUUUCGCCCGAGGAGAGGCAGCUUGUCAUCGGCCACCAUCUCAUUGCUCGCACGGUCCCUUACCGAACCGAAGCGUGGACCACAACUAUGUGCCACACCGUUCUGGAUGCUGCCACAUACCCACAACUCUAUAACCACCAUCUGAUUACGGAUUUUGGAUUGAAGAUUAGAUUCCAGAAAAAUGAGUGCGAGGAGGAGAGGUGGGAAGCCCAACAGAGGUGGAGGGAAAUUUAACAAGCCGAGAGGAGCUGGAGGUGGCGGAGGAGGUCGAAAAGCAGGAAGUGCUCACCUGGAUGACGACUAUGAUGAUUUCACCCUUGACGUUGGGCUAAAUUCAUCCAGCAGACUGUCCAAUACGCGAGGCGGCUCCAACCGCCCCACUGGCGCUAGGAAUGGAAGCAUUCCUUCACGAGGAUGUCGAGCUGGCGCCUGCUACAACAGAACCGAGUCGGUUCUACCUAAAUCCCUCGCUCGGAACAGAACAUACGCCAAAAAUUUCCAACCCGACACCAAAGCAAGUGCCGCUCGCAAACCCGAUGCCAGCAGCGUGCCUAUGCAGAGAAUUCUAAUGACCGACAAGAACCAGGAACUCCUCAAAGAGCUGCUUUGGGAGUUGCGGACGCGCGACUUUGACGAACAAGACGACGACGCCGCUUUCGAUGGUUUACAAGAGGAGGAAAAGGAGGAAUUGGAUGAAUUAGACUUUCGUGAAGAAGGCCAGUUUUGGAACACCAACGACGAGCCGGUGGAGAGAGCGGAGAGCCCGAAAGAAUACGAGUCUGACAAUGAACGUCGGCCGGCUGAACCUGUCGUCUCUUUGUUUGCGAUAAGCAAGCUCUGCAGGUACGGCUUUGACCGGGAACGCAGCAAGCAGGCGCUGGAGUCCAACGGAGGAGAAUUCGGCUCCACGCUGGAGCAGCUUCUUCAACAAGUUUACACGGAACGCUACGGACAGGACUCCAUUUCGGGAGGGGGCCUCGCCGCCCUGCCUGAAGACGAGUGCCUGAACCAGAGGCAAGAGGAAGCCUUAGCGCUAGCCGCCAUCUACGGCGACCGUUUCCAGGAACGCAUCACCAAUUCCGUAUGGGUCGUCACAUUGGACGCGCUUUUCCUCACAGACAACAUCGGAAAGAACUACAGCGUAACGUCGAAAAAUGUCUGCCAGUUCUACUUGAAAUCAAAAGGCUGCAGAUACGGCGAUAAAUGCAAGUUUAAGCACCAAGCGGCUCAGGCGGCGAUUAGCGCCCUCUCUCCUCUGGAGUACGAACUGGAAAUUCGCUUCCCGAAAGGGAACCGCUACCCGUCUCAAGCGCCGGUGGUCGCUUUCAGCACCAACGACGAGUCGGUCAAAGCCGCGGGGAGGCUCACCGUGACGGAGAAGUUGUUCGAGGAAGCGCUGACGGCCGCCAGCGACAACCAGCCUGUUGUGUACACUUUGGUUAGCUUGUGCGAAGAUGAGAACAUCAUGAAGGAACUGCUGGCCGUCGCUCAUCACAAAUACAGCAAUCCACCACCUGUUUUAGGGCCUGCUCCAGCAAAGAAAAAGAUUCCCACGAAUCAUUUUUCAGAGGAAAGCGUCUGUCCUAGUCGACGGAUCGCGCCGAUAUCAGACCGAACCAGAGAGGAAGACGACAACGAGGUUUCCGCCAUAUCCGUCGAGAACGUCAGCUCCGUCAACCUGCGGAAGAGAGUGACUGAUAAUUCUAAUGUACUAAAAGAAAACGGAAAACUAUGCAGAGAUUUUGACAAGAAACAGUCUUCCAAACGCUUCAAGUCAAUGCUGGAGCAAAGGACGAAGCUUCCGGCUUGGAACGAAAGAGACAACAUUCUGGAUGUGCUGAACAACUGUCAAGUGUUGGUCAUCAGCGGCAUGACAGGGUGCGGCAAGACCACGCAAAUCCCCCAAUUCGUCCUUGAUGCUACCUUAAGCGGCCCGGCGGAUAAGGUAGCCAACAUCGUUUGCACUCAGCCGCGCCGCAUAUCCGCCAUGUCGGUGGCCGAGCGAGUGGCUCAAGAACGCGCGGAGAGUCUCGGCAACUCCGUGGGCUACCAGAUCCGCUUGAAGAGCGUCCGGUCUUCUGCCACCAGGCUGCUUUACUGCACCACAGGAGUUUUGCUGAGAAGACUGGAGGCCGACGUGGAUCUACAAGGCGUCACCCACGUCAUUGUGGAUGAAGUGCACGAACGCACGGAGGAGAGUGACUUCCUCCUGUUGGUCCUCAAAGACCUGAUUCUUCAGAGACCUGACUUAAAGGUUAUCCUAAUGAGCGCUACACUGAACGCUAACCUCUUCUCUGAAUAUUUCUACGACUGUCCGACUAUACACAUCCCUGGUCGCACUUUCCCUGUGACGCAGUUCUUCCUUGAAGACGUCAUCUCCUUAACUCGCUACGUGAUCGAAGACGGAAGCCCUUAUAUACGGUCGAGCCGGCCGAACUCCUUGAGUGGUCAGGCAAGAGUUGGGCCGCCAAAGGACGUUGUGGACACGUUAGGGGAUGACAUGUGGAACUUCAUGUCUUUCACCAAAAAGGACUUUGUCAAAGACUCUGUGCCCGACCAACAACUCAGCCUGCAGGAACUCACGGUUCGAUUCAAAGAUUGUAAAGCAUCUGUGCUGAAGACCAUGGCUGCGAUGGACCUGGACAAGAUCAACAUUGACCUGAUCGAGAAUCUGCUGGAGUGGAUUGUGGAUGGUAAUCACAGCUAUCCUCCAGGUGCCGUACUGGUGUUUCUCCCGGGCAUCGCUGAGAUUAAGAUGCUGUACGAGCAGCUGCAGUCGAACAGAAGGUUCAACAACAGGCGUGGCGACAGAUGUGUUGUCUACCCGCUCCACUCCACUUUGUCGAAUGAGGAGCAGCAGGCAGUCUUCAACCGCCCUCCGGAAGGCGUCACGAAAAUCAUCAUCUCCACAAACAUCGCCGAGACCUCCGUCACCAUCGACGACGUGGUGUUCGUCAUCGACUCUGGCAAAUUGAAGGAGAAAAGGUAUGACGCUUCCAAAAGCAUGGAGAGCCUGGAGGAUACGUGGGUGUCACGGGCCAACGCGCUUCAGAGAAAAGGCAGAGCAGGCCGUGUAGCCUCUGGGGUGUGCUUCCACCUCUUUACUAGCCACUGCUUUCAACACCAGCUGGCCCAGCAACAACUUCCUGAGAUCCAGAGAGUUCCCCUGGAGCAGCUUUGCCUCCGCAUCAAGAUCCUGGACGUGUUCGCCGAACAGACCCUGGAGUCGGUCUUCCGUCGUCUCAUCGAGCCGCCAGUCGCCGGCAGCCUGGACGCGGCCAAGCAGCGCCUGCGGGACUUGGGCGCCCUGACCGCCGAGGAGAAGCUAACCCCGCUAGGUUACCACCUAGCCCGCCUGCCCGUGGACGUGCGCGUGGCCAAGCUCAUGCUGUUCGGCGCCAUUUUCCGCUGCCUCGACCCAGCGCUGACCAUCGCUGCUAGUCUUGCUUUUAAAUCGCCUUUUGUGGCACCGUGGGACAAACGUGAGCAAGCCAAUGAGAAGAAACUGGAAUUUGCGCUGGCUAAUAGUGACCAUCUGGCCCUUCUCCAGGCGUACAAGGGUUGGUGCAGUGCCGAAAAGGCAGGUCACAAGUCCGGCUCCUUUUUUUGCCGGGAAAACUUCCUGUCUUUACGAGUUCUGCAGGAAAUCGCUUGUGUCAAGCGGCAGUUUGCCGAGCUGCUGUCCGACAUCGGUUUCAUCAAAGAGGGGUUGACGUCGAGAGCCAUCGAGCGACUUGGGUCCAAAGGCUCCGACGGGGUCUUCGAGGCUACUGGUCCCGAGGCAAACCUGAACUCCGAUAACAUCAAGCUAAUGUCUGCGAUGCUUUGCGCCGCUCUCUAUCCGAAUGUAGUGCAGGUGCUAGCACCUCAAGGGGUUUACAAAAUGAGCGUCAAAGGAGCGGUAAAGAUGCUCCCCAAGACCAGCGAGCUACGCUUCCUGACAAAGAGCGACGGUUGCGUCCAAGUUCAUCCCUCAUCGGUUAACUACAACGUUCGCAAGUACCCAAGCCCCUACCUGGUGUACCUGGAGAAGGUGAAAACCAGUCGGGUAUUUAUCCGGGACUGCAGCACGGUGUCCGUGUACGCUUUGGUGCUGUUCGGGGGCGGGGCGAUCAACGUGGAGAUGCACAAGGGUCAGUUUGUCAUCUCUCUGGACGACGGAUGGAUUCGAUUCGCUGCAGAUUCUCACCAGGUGGCAGAAUUGGUGAAGGAGCUACGCUGGGAGCUGGACCGCCUUCUUGAGGACAAAAUCCGGAACCCUAGCAUCGACUUGUGCACCUGCCCCCGCGGCUCCCGCAUCAUCCGCAUGAUCGUCAACCUUGUGUCCACUCAGUAGCUCUGCCACUGCUUCACUUUUUCACAUCUUUACAUACUUAAGUUUACGAACUAAAGCCUUAUCCUGAUUGCAGGUUUAAGUGAAAUUCAGACUUCCAUGGCAAAUCCUCGAAAGGCACAUUACUACUUAUCUCUAAGGACGAUGGAUGUCUAUGCAUGCGCUCUCAAAAGCUUUUUUUUCCAGCUUUUAUUCUCAAUCUAUGACAGGGAUGCACCAAUUUCUUGGAUCAACAUCAUACUCAAGUGACCCUGAACUUGUGACAGUGUAUUUUGACAGGUAGCUGCAUUUUACAUUAUUAACAUGAAUUUGAAUGUAUUUGCACGUUCAAAAUGCGACUUUUCAAGGGCUCUUUUGCCAAAGAAUGUCUUAAAAAGUUUGAAAUAAACAGGUAAAAGCUCAUCUUUUCGGUCUGUGCUGUUGCCGUGACAACGUACGUAUGGAAACGGAGCUGGUUGAAUCAUUUUUUGCAAAGAAAACAGGUACGUUUUUGUGGUCACUAUCUUUUUUUGCAAAAAUCUGAACUGAAUGUUAGAUAUAAUUUAACAAAUGGGUAAAUUGCAGACAUCUUAAUGGUAAGCAGAGGUGGAUCCAUCAGGGUGGUUAUUUAGGGUUCAAUCAAGAUCCAUCAAUGCUAAACCUGCCUCAAAAAUUUAUUUGUAGUGUAAAUUUGAAUAGUUUUGAGUAGUCAUAGUGGUCCAGUACUAAUAUUUACCAACCUUGGCCAGAACCUAUUCAGAAUUGUGGAUUUACAGUACCACAAAAAUGAGAACUGUAACCAAAUCGAAGUCCACACGUAGGACUUUUUAAUUCAAAUUUGCUCAAUAUUUUUACGUAAAAAUGCAUAGUUUUUAGUGUAGGAUUAGUCAGAGGUCUACUACUAAUAUUCACCAACGUUAGAACUUAUUCAAAAUUGUGGAUUUACAGUACAACAAAAAUGAGAACUGUAACCUUAUCUAAGUACACAAUACAUACGCAGGAUGUUUAAUUCCAAUUGUCUGAAUACGGGAAGAGUAAAAUUGCAUAGCUUUGAGAAUGAGUAGUUCAAGACGUCUUCUACUAAUAUUCACUAACCUGGGCCUGAAAUUAUUUAGAAUUGUGGAUUUACAGUACCACAAAAAUGAACUGUAACCCGACCGAAGUCCACAUGUAGGACUUGAAUUCAAAUUUGAUGAAUAUUCUUACCAUAAAAAUGCACAGCUUUGAGUAUGUGAGUAGUCAGAGGUCUCCUACUAAUAUUCACUAACCUUGGCCAGAAAUUAUUUAGAAUUGUGUAUUUACAGUCCCACAAAAAUGAGAACUGUAACCUCAUCAGAGUCCACAUGCAGUGGCUUUUGUAAAAAUACAUAGUUUUGGUUAAGUAAUCAGAGAGGUCUACUACUAAUAUUCACCAACCUUGGCGAGAACUUCUUCAGAAUUAUUUUACAGUACCACAAAAAUGACAACUGUAACCUGAUCAAAGUAUACAUUUAGGACGUUUAAUUCAUUUUUUCUAAAUUUUAACAAUGUAAAAAUGUACAGUUUUGAGUAUGUAAGUAGUCAGAGAGGUGUACUACUAAUAUUCACCAACGUUAGCCAGAACAAAUUCAGAAUUGUGUAUUUCCAGAACCACAAAAUGAGAACUACCCAGAUCAAAGUCCAUAUGUCGGACUUUUGAUUCAAACUUGCUGAAUAUUUGUAACGUAAACAUGCAUAGGUUUGAGUCUCUGAGUAGUCGGAGAGGUGUACUAUUAUUAAUCACUAACCUUGGCCAAAAUUGUGGAUUUACAGUACCACAAAAAUGACAACUGUAACCUCCUCAAUGUCCACAUGUAGUGACUUUUGAUAUAAAUUUGCUACUUAUGCGUUCCAUAAAACUAAACAGUUUUGCAUAAGUUGUCAGAAAGGUCUACUACUAAUAUUUGCCAACCUUGCCCAGAACGAAUUCUGAAUUGUGGAUUUACAGUACCACAAAAAUGAGAAUUGUAACCUGGUCAAAGUCCACAUGUAGGACUUUUGAUUCAAACUUUCUGAAUAUUUGUACAGUAAAAAACAGUUUUGAGUAGAGUUCUACUACCAAAAUUCACCAAUGUUGAACAGAACUUAUUCAAAAUGGUGGAUUUAUAGUUCCACAAAAACUGUAACCUGAUCAAAGUAUACAUUUAGGACGUUUAAUCCAUUAUUCCAAAUAUUAAAAAAAAAAAAAAAAUGUCUAGUUUGGAGUACCGUAUGUAAGUCAGAGAGGUUUUACAAGUAAUCGUCACCAACCUUGGCCAGUACUUACUCAGAUUUGUGGAUUCACAGUACCACAAAAAUGAGAACUGUAACCAAAUCAAAGUAUGCAUGAAGGACUUUUAAUUCAAAUUUGCUAAAUAUUUGUAUGGUAAAAAUGCAUAGUUUAGAGUAUAGGAUUAGUCAGAAGUCGACUACUAACAUUCACCAACGUUCGAACUUAUUCAAAAUUGUGGAUUUCCAGUACCACAAAAAUCAGAAUUUUAACCUGAUCAAAGUAUACAUUUAGGAUUUUUGAUUCAUUUUUCCAAAUCUUAACAAUGUCAAAAUGUAUAGUUUUGAGUAUGAAAGUAAUCGCAGAGUUCUACAACUAAUACUCGCCAACGUUAGACAGUACUUACUCAAAAUUGUGGAUUUACAGUACCACAAAAAUGAGAACUAACCUGAUCAAAGUAUACAUUUAGGACGUUUAAUUCAUUUUUCUAAGUAUUACCAAUGUAAAAAUGCAUAGUUUUGAGUAUGUAAGUAGUCAGCGAGGUCUCCUAAUAAUAAUCACCAACCUUGGCCAGAACGUAUUCAAAAUUGUGGAUUUACAGUACCACAAAAAUGAGAACCAGAUCCAAGUUCACAUGUAGGACUUCUAAUUGAAAAAUGCUGAAUAUCCUAAUCGUAAAAAUGCAUAGCUUUGAGUAUGUGAGUAGUCAGAGAGGCCUAGUACUAAUAUUCACUAACCUUGGCCUGAAAUUGGAUUUACAGUACCUGAAAAAUGAGAACUGUAACCAAAUCAAAGUAUGCAUGAAGGACUUUUAAUUCAAAUUUGCUAAAUAUUUGUAUCUUAAAAAUGCAUAGUUUUGAGUAUAGGAUUAGUCAGAGGACUACUACUAACAUUCACCGACGUUAGAACUUCUUAAAAAUUGUGGAUUCAGUACCACAAAAAUAAGAACUUUAACCUGAUCAAAGUAUACAUUUUGGAUUUUUAAUUCAUUUUUCAAAAUCUUAACAAUGUCAAAAUGUAUAGUUUUGAGUAUGUAAGUAAUCAGAGUUCUACAACUAAUACUAUCCAACGUUAGAACUAAAUUGUGGAUUUACAGUACCACAAAAAUGAGAACCAGAUCCAAGUUCACAUAUAGGACUUUUAAUUAAAAAAUGCUGAAUAUCUAAACUGUAAAAAUGCAUAGCUUUGAGUCUGUGAGUAGUCAGAGAGGCCUAGUACUAAUAUUCACUAACCUUGGCCUGAAAUUGGAUUUACAGUACCACAAAAAUGAAAUGUAACCUGAUCAAAGUAUACAUUUAGGACGUUGAUUCAUUAUUCCAAAUCUUAUCAAUGUAAAAAUGUCUAGUUUGGUGUCUGCAAGUAGUCAGAGAGGUCCAUGUGUAAUAGUCACCAACCAUGGCCAGUCCUUACUCAGAUUUGUGGAUUUACAGUCCCCCAAAAAUGAGAACUGUAACCAAAUCAAAGUCCACAUGUAGGACUUUUUAAUUCAAAUGUGCUCAAUAUUUUUCCGUAAAAAUGCAGUUUUUAGUAUAGGAUUAGUCAGACGUCUACUACUAAUAUUCACCAACGUUAGAACUUAUUCAAAACUGUGGAUUUACAGUACCACAAAAAUGAUAACCUGUUCGAAGUACACAUGCAGCACUUUUAAUUUAAAUUUCGAAUUAUUUGUAUCGUAAAAAUGCAUAGCUUUGAGUAUUUGAGCAUUCAGAGAGGCCUAGUACUAAUAUUCACUAACCUUGGCCAGAAAUUGGAUUUACGGUACCACAAAAAUGAACUGUAACCUGAUCAAAGUAUACAUUUAGGACGUUUAAUUCGUUUUUCUAAAUAUUAACAAUGUAUAGUUUUGAGUAUAUAAGUAGUCAGAGAGGUUUACUACUAAAAUUCCCCAACCUUGGCCAGUACUUAUUCAUAUUUGUGCAUUUACAGUCCCACGAGAAUGAGAACUGUUACCUACCAUCUACUAAAACGACAAAAAAUGUAUUUUUGUGUACAAUGACUUCACAUUGGGGUUUAAAGGAAUUCUCAACUUUAUUGUGCGCUGAAUAUGUUCAAAUUUUGCCAUGUCACCAGAACAAAUGUGAUUUACAGGUAACCUGAAUGUACAAUAGCAAAUAUCUUGUAGAAAUAUAGUGUAACAUUUCUGAGGCACUGUCAGAACACUGGCACAACCCUGUGAAAUAAAUAGAUGUGGAUGAUAUUCUUGAUGGAAGCAUUUUGGUCACUCGGGUGGUUUUUUCUUGGCCUCCACGUCUUUUUUGAACGCUUCGAUUUUUUUCGCUAUGUUUGGCACCUAAAAACAGAAAAUCCCGUGUCAUCCAAACAACAAAAUAGAGCAUUGUAGCCUUGGUAGAGGUAAUAAAGUCAAACUGACAUCGUAGUUCUGAGCGAGAUACAUCCCCACAACAUUGCCCAAGGUGAAUCCAGCCUGGAAAACAGCCAAACAUAAAAUUUUAAGGCUUUUAACAGCAAUCGAGUUCGUAUUUAUUCGGUUUUAAACGCAAGUGAUACUGCAAGUCCGCUAGCAAUUGUUUCAACUCGUCGCUAAAAAGUUGUUUUAACUCACCAGGAAUUGUAGCAUAAUUCGAAAGUGAUGUUUUAACGAUGUUAGCAAAACAACUUGAGG